GGACGAUUUUACCAGCCCAACUUCCACCACUGUGUCCGCUGCCUAUCUGGAAUCCAUCGCUGUAUCUGCCUGUCCGCGACACCUGCGUGAAGUGGUUAAGUCCCUCUUCACUGAUUUGCCUCUGCGAGGUGGCCAAGUGCGCCGAGCCCGCCAACUGGCUGCUGAGGCAGCAGCCUCCAAGUCGCCUGACAUUUGGAGUUUGUCUGUGGGACAGAAACGAAAGCGGUCAGAACAUAUUGGACAUGACGGCGGGAUACUGUGUCUCAUUGGAGCUCCUGGCUCUGGCAAGACGACCCUCAUAUCCGCUUUGGCGACGAUUCUGGCCAGACCCGGUUGGAAGCCUGCUGCCAAGGAGGCCUACGCUCCAGGACCAACUUUUGGAAAGUCACGAAGUACAGAAAAAACGACGAGUAAAGAGUGGGUCAGCAGGGUGUUUGUUCACCUAGUUCUCGGUGCCUACACAUCCACCACUAAACAGUCGGGUCUCAUUGUGGCCAUUCCUCAAAUGACGCACUUGAAGACACUCCUUGUCCAGUGGACAAGUCGCAUUGUCAACGAGCUCCUCAUAGGCAGCAGCCCAGAUCUGGAACGAGAAUUAAAUAAAGUGGAGGCGGAACUACAUGCACCAGCCGGAGACAUCUCCGAUGACUUGAGGUUGGUUUUUCGUUUUUUUUAA